AUGCGCGCCGAGCUACAUCUACUAAAGGGAUGGUUUCUGUACGCCAUGCUCCAAUGGACAGACGCGUUGUUGUGCUACGAUUCCUCAUUUCCAAGUCCACACUCGACGCACGAGUGUUCGGAUGGAAUGGUGUGCUACCAAGAGUACUACGCGAUAGCCCAGGGCAACGACCGGGUCGACCAGUAUUUCGAGCGUUUCUGCGUGGCUAGGCGCGAAUGCCGGAUGCGCGGCUUCCACGGCGUGUGCACCAACUUUGACUCGUUCGAUCCGGCCAUCAAGGAUACCUUUGAAAAGUACCGCCUCCACAACAAAGGCGUCAAUCGGACAGCGCUGGCCUUUUCAAAAUUCUGUUGCUGCGAUACGCCCCUAUGCAAUUCGUUCGAUGCCGGCGCGGCUGAACGAGAAUUUCAGCUGACGGCCAGUGGCGCCAUCAAAUCCCAGAUUUUCGGAAUUACACUACUUUUCACCGCACUUCGAUGGCUUCUC